AUGUGUGAGGUAAUUAAUCUUGUGAACUCGCGGUUGGAUCGUGAUCUCUUCUUUACGAUUAUUCUGGAGAACGACUUAAGUUACAACCACUACCUACAUUUCUUGAACGACACCGAUCAAACCUCUGAGGCAGAUGCACUUAUGAGGACCGAUUUAAGCUCCGCGCCGUCACUCGCCCCAAUGAAAGAAUCAGUCAUUCAGGCGGCAGAGCUUUUGAGAUUCCAAUUAAACAUCAGGUCAGAAUGGUCUGCGUUCCUGGAAAAUUCUGCCAGUAGUUCUGUUAAGUCAAUCUUGAAUGAAUUGGAUGGACCGAUUGUGGGACAAAACCUCGCAAAUACAAUUCUUGCUUGUACCCUAAUGGACAAGAAGGUUUCUAAGGGGAGCCGAGCAGAACAUCUUAAAACGGCUCACAAUAUGUCUGACGAACAUUUCCGGUGGCUUGUCCUUGAGCCUCUGGUUCUCCAGGGCCAGUGGAUGGAGAUUGAUCAGCUGUUACUAGAAAAGAAAUGGUUGUCGCGAAAGCCCACACCGUCACUGCCUAUCGAUCGUCUCAUCCUUUUUUUCCAUUCGAUGAAAGCACCCAAAGAAGUCAAACAGAGAUUCCUCCAAUACAUGCCUGGAUCGGAAAGUCUCACGGAUUUGGUAGUUCGUCUUGGCCUCUUCGAUCUUGGAUUAGAGUACUUUAUUCGUCGAAAGGACGUCAGCGGACUGAGGAACUUGUUGUCCAGAACGCCAAGCAGCCGAGAAGAAUUCAAGAUUGGCCAAACGUAUCUAAGCAAACCGACUAAUCAGUGGACGGAGUACGUGGCCAGUAACUGA